CUCUGCCUCUAUAUGUGUGUGUGGUUUGCCUAGGCGCGCUCCUCUAAGCUUAUGCUCUAGCGCUCCGGCCUGCUAGUAUACCAGUAGCGCGCGUACCGAAUAACACGAAAGAAAGAAAAGGGGAUCUAUGCCGCGCGAGCACAACCGUAUCGCAACAGCAGCGAAAGCGAAAUUUUAAACAACAUCCGAGAAAAGUGUGUGCGCGCGUGUAUGUGUGCGUGGUCGUUUGUGCAGCCGUAGCAGGCCCAGCACGGUAGAUAGAAGAAAAGGUUCGGUCUCGGCUGUUCGUUUCCAUCCGGUGCGGGUAGUGACGCGGGAAGGUCGGUCGGAACGGGACGGGCCGGGUCGGGUGGGGUUUUGAUGUUGUGUGCGCGUGCUACUUAGAUGGAGAAAGCGAGGAAAAACAUCGCGACCGUGUUGUGUUGCGCACGCGCCUCUCGCUGAGUGGUGCAGCAAGUGGGUACGUGUGUGUGUAAGUGAGCACCGGAGCAGCAGAGCGCGAUCACAACUGGCGCGAAAAGGUGUGUGACGUAACACGUGGUGUUGUGUGGCCAACAAUCGAAAAAAAGCAAAGUUUUGAUGCUGUGCCCAGUAUACCUAGUGUCAGUGUAUGUGUGUGUGUGUGCGUGCGAGACUGUGUCUGUGAAUGAAGCAGUGUGAUUUGUGAGCCGACGAAGACGCAAUUGUUGCACAGUGAUUUGCGUCGUUGUGUGGUGUAUCGCGUUUUAUCAGUGUGCUCCCAAAAGGGGGAGCAUCUUGAAAGCAAGACAACAACCUACCGCUCGCCUAACCCCCGGUUACCCGUUGCCAUAUGAUUGCUGAUUAGGGAGAAGGCGCGCGGCCACUCGCAACUCACGGCAGUGCGUGAUAAGGCGGCACUGCAUGCAGCAAACAGAUGUGUUACACUUGGGACGGCCAAGUCUUGCUGUUACUGGAGCGGUUUGAGAAGCUUUGUAGCAUGAUUAUUACGUUCGCCACUGCUCUUACUGUUGUAGUAAGGAAGGAAGAGCGACAUUAAGCCAUAUACGCACACCAAAGGCCAUACACUCAACUGCACCAUCACCAGCAUCGAUGCACCAUCAUUGAAGCGGUGGACGCAGUGGAACCUAGAUAGUCAAUCGAAGCCAUUCAAUCCAUGAAACCAACAAUCAGUUAGUCAAAUCGUAGUCAAACCAAAAAAAAAAAACAAAAAACAUAAAACAAAACCACUAACCAAUACAAAGCAAAACCGAAUAGUCAGUCUGAAAGACACCUUUAGCGAAUUUGCAUAGCAAGCAUUAGGAACAAACGUGAGAUAAGAACCGACAGCAACUACGGGACGGAGCAAUCGACACCAAAAGCGUGUGAAACAACCAACCCGUUGUUGAAGAAUUAAUAGCUAAAACGGAAAGCAAACAAACAGCUAUGGAUACCAAAGCAGCAUCAGCGGGUCCCGCCCCGACGCAUUUACCCUCGUCCACAUAUCCAGCGACGUCACCCUACUCGAAGGGAGCCCGGUCGUCGCAUCAGUAUUUUAGCCUAAGAUGGAACAACUACCAAUCCAACAUGACAUCCGUGUUUCACGAGCUGCUCGAGUCACAGUCCUUCGUCGAUGUAACGCUCGCCUGUGAAUACAAUUCACUGAAGGCGCACAAGGUGGUCCUGUCCGCGUGUUCGGCGUACUUUCAAAAAAUUCUCCUCGACAACCCGUGCAAGCACCCGACCAUUAUACUGCCGGCGGAUAUCUGCUUUUCGGAUCUGCAGUUCAUCAUCGAGUUUGUGUACCGGGGCGAAAUUGAUGUGUCCGAGGCAGAACUGCAGAGUUUAUUGCGGACAGCGGAGCAGCUAAAAAUUAAGGGCCUGUGUGAGGUUGGCGAACCACAGUACGAGCAGGAUUACUCGCCAGCGCUGAAACGCUACAAACCGUACCGGUCACGAUCGCCACCGGACAACCGCCACCAGCACCAUCACCACCAGCAACCGCCGCCACCACCACCACCACCGUCCGGCUCAUCAGGCGGCGGUACCACGAGUAGCGGUGGCCGUUCCGGUUCCGCAGGAGGUGGAGGAGGAUCACACGGGAGUGGUAGCAGUGGGAACAACAACAAUAACAGUUCGUCUUCCUCCCAAUCGACGGGAUACAGUGAGAACGGCAAGGGCUGUAGUACGGGCAAAGGAGGAAGCGGCGGCGGCGGCGGCGGCGGAGGAGGAGGCUUAGGACCUGGGACAGGGCGCGGCCUUUAUCAUCCUUCCCAGCAUCAUCACCCGCUACACCACCACCACCACCAUCAUCCGCACCUGCAUCAUCAUCUGCAUCAUCCAGGUGACCGUAGAACGCCUGGCGGCCAUCUUAUCGACGAGGACGAUGAUGGAUCACCGUCCUCGGUGCUAGUGGUGGAAACGCACGAUCUAAGCACAUCCGCCUCGAAGGAUAAGCAUUAUCAGCAGCAGCAGCAGCAGCAACAGCACCACCAUCAUCAUCAUCCGCAUCAUCCCCAUCAUCAGCCCUCACAGCAGCAGCAUCCCCUUGGAAGCAAAAUGGCCAGCCUAGGGAUGGGCGUUGGAAUAAAUGGUGGUUCCGUUAUGGGAGUUCCGAUGGGAUAUUUGGAUUUUGCACCAGAGCCUCCGGCACCGACGGCGACACCAGUGACAGAGCAUGUGGACAUAAAUUGUGCGCCCAGUAGCCACGAUACACGUGACCUGUCCAGUAAGUAUUCUGUGCCAAACGAUGGUGAUUUACGAGUGAAAUUCGAAACGUUACGUUCGCUAGAUCCUCCCAAUGCGGUUCAACUGGACAAUCACGCUGUCAGCCAUCAGCAGCAGCUCCAUCAGCAUCAGCAACAGCAGGCGCAACAGCAACAGCUCCUGCAGCAACAGCAUUUACUACAGCAGCAACAGCAGGCACAGCAGCAGGCCCAACAGCAGCAGCAGCAGCAGCAGCAGCAAAGACAGACACCUCAGCCACCGGGAGCUCCGCAACAGCAGCAAAACGACCAUCAGCGGCACUCGCCACCGCAUAUGCAGCAGCAACAGCACGUGAUGCUGAUGGAUCAACAGCAGCAGCACCACCCAACCACACACAGUCCGGCGUCCAGUGUGUCGUCAUCGUCGUCCAGCCAGCAUCCGGAGAAUCUAGUGACUGGCAGCGGUGCGGCAGGCUCUGUAACGCCGGGCCCAGCCACCAACAGCAGCAAUGGUAAUGCACCGGCAGGCGGCGAAGAGAUGAAACCCAGACUGAAUCUGAAGCAGGAAAACCUGAGCGAUGGUGGUGCCGACCAGCAACAUCAGACGAUGGAGGUCGAGCCGGACCAAUCGUCGAUGCACGGCAUGGUGGUGACACCGGAAAUAUCGGGCAUCAUGAACCAGAGUCAAAUGAGCGAUAUGUAUCAGUCGGAUGCUAGCGAAGACUCGAAAGUAGGCAUUUUGGAUGGAUCCUCGAUGCAGUACACCAACUUGACUAGCCCGAACGAAGCCAAGACGCCAACCGGGCCGAAAACGUGGACUGCCGAAGACAUGGAAUCGGCCCUAGAAGCGCUACGCUCUCACAACAUGAGCUUGACAAAGGCAUCUGCUACGUACGGUAUUCCCUCGACGACGCUGUGGCAACGUGCGCAUCGGCUCGGUAUCGAUACGCCGAAGAAGGAGGGUCCGUCUAAAACGUGGAACGAAGAUUCGCUCAACAGCGCACUGGAAGCGCUGCGGACGGGCACGAUCUCGGCCAACAAAGCCUCCAAGGCGUUCGGCAUCCCGUCGUCCACGCUGUACAAGAUAGCGCGCCGGGAAGGCAUCCGUCUGGCGGCUCCAUUCAACGCUGCACCCACUACCUGGUCCGCGGAGGAUCUGGACCGUGCCUUGGAAGCGAUCCGUGCGGGGCAAACGUCGGUGCAGAAGGCGAGCACCGAGUUUGGCAUCCCGACCGGUACGCUGUACGGGCGGUGCAAGCGCGAAGGCAUCGAGCUGUCCCGUUCCAAUCCGACGCCCUGGUCUGAAGAUGCGAUGAUGGAGGCCUUGGAGUCCGUCAAACAAGGACACAUGUCGAUCAAUCAAGCCGCCAUCCACUACAACCUACCGUACAGCUCACUGUACGGUCGGUUCAAACGGGGCAAGUACGACACGCCCAGCUCGGGAGGCGGCGGCGGCGGUGGCAGUGCGUCCAAUGCUGCUGCUGCUGCUGCUGCUGCUACCGGUGGUGGCGGCACGGGCAGUGGCGGCAGUAACGGUGGCGCCAGCAACGCCACCAGCGGUGCCGGUACAGGUGGCAGUAAUGUUGGCGGUAGUCCCCAGAUGGAGUUUAAGAUAGAACCACAGCAUAACGAUCAUAGUCCAGAGAAUACGCAACAUUACAAUCCUGCACUAUCGGCAUCCUCGACGCCUACAAGUAACACACCGACGCAGCAGCAGCAACAGCAGCAGCAGCAGCAGCAGCAACAGCAGCAACAGCAACAGCAGCAGCAACUUACCCACCAUUUAGUGCAACAGUCUCCAUCAGUGCUACCGGUCAGCAUCCACAUCGUCGAUGCUGCCCAUCAUCAUCUUCCGCAUCCGCAUCAGCAGCUGCACCACCAGCAGCAGCAACAGCAGCAGCUCGGGCAGCCGCAGCACGUGGUGGUGGCGCAGCAUCAGCAGCAGCAGCAGCACCAUCAUCUGCAUCACCAGCCGCAGCUAAUACAGCAUCACAUCAUUCCGCAGCAGCAUCACAUCAUCUAUCAGCAGCCGCUGCAACCGAUCCAGCAGCAACCGCAGUAUCAUCCGAUGUAUCACAUCAUCAAGCAGGAAAAUGAUAGAAGUUGAAAGCACCGGCGGUCUCGCCAGCACCAUCGGUAUGGCGGCACGCAUCAUCCCCAGCAGCAGCAGCAGCAGCAGCAGCAAACGCACGAUCAUCCGUCGCAUCAGCAUCAUCCGCAUCUUCCCCAUCAGCAGCCAAUGUAUCAUCAACCGUCGCACCAUCAUCAGCAGCAAAUGCACUACGACGAUGGGGCAUGAUCACUUCCAGGAUGACUGCACGCGAACUGAUCGCUGCUGAUUCGAACGAUCGUACCCGAGGAUUUGCGUUGCGUUGCGUUGUUUUUUUCGUUAGUGUCCUCGUUAGUGGAAAUAGCAGUCUGAGUAUGGCAAAUCAAAAACCGCCGUCACAAACACACGUGAAAAACCAUGUACGGCGGUGCAUUUUGGAGCACGUUAGGUACCUCUUGUUUAGUAAAUGCUUUACUGCUGCUUCUUUCGUUGCGAGAAGAUAAGGAUGGUGUACAGAAGUCGGACAGAACGCGGAAAAGUGGCAUGUGUGGCGCGGUUGGAAGUGGCAGCAAAACAAUAACAUUUUAGGAGGGUCUGUACCCCUGGUUCAUGGGGGGGGCAAGGAGCAAAAGUGUGCUGUGUGCUUCAAACGAGAGGAAGGUCGGGCGACGCAAUGCAUAUGGCCCAAUAGAGAGCGAGAGAGAGAGAGAGAGUAGACGGCAGUCGUCAUUUAGACGUCCAGUGUACAGCAGAAUGUUUUUGGGCGUUGUUUGAACCAUUAUUCGCCUUAAAACAAACAAAAAACGAGAACAGGUUAUCCUCAUCACGCGGAUAUUCUUUACAUCAGUUGCAACAGCAGCAGCAUCAUCAGCAUCGGCAGGAGGAAGUUUAGAUAAGCGCAGCAUGAUCCGAAUCGAAUCAUACGUACGCUAUAGAGGCGCGUACCACCACACACGAACGAGUUGGUGGCACGAGGAGGCUGGUUGAUAGUGUUUUUUAUAGUUUCAUUGUUUUAAUUGCCAACUGAUGAGAGGGUUUUGUUACUUACUACUACUACUACACGACUGCGCAUUCCAUAUCGGUUAAACGAAGAACAAGGCAGAGAAGAAAUCCCACACACACACAUUAUUUAGGUAACUUUUGUUUUAUAAUAAAAGCAAACAGAAAUGAAAACCUGCUGUCCCCUUGCAGUCAGCAGUUCAGGUCUCCCCGUCGUUGUAUCUCGUCGUCGUCCGUUGGGUAUGUCUCUCACACGCUGCUUGACAAUUGUAUUGCCCGAUGCACCAAGCCGCCAGCAAGUUUAUAAUCAAACGAAACGGACUGAAUUAUUAUGAUUUUGUUUAGCAAUUAGUGGAUUGAUAUGAAGCGCAAGAAAGGUGAUCGGAGGAGGGCCAACACAAAUCUCAUUACAGCAAACAUUACAGCGGUGGUUAGGUUUAGGUUACAGAAGAAGGACACGCAGCAGCGAUGAGUUUAGCUGGUAGUUGUAAGAAUGCUUCCGGAUGUUCGGAACACCGGCACGUUUUUGGGUGUUCCCGAACCCUUCUUCCUGGAUCGUAAAAAUCCAUCUUCCUCAUCAGCUGUUCAGCUCUUCGAAGGGAUCGCCCUGGAAGCCGUCCCCUUAAAAAGCUUAAACGUGUCUGAAUGUUAUAUGUAUGCAUAUAUAUACAUAUAUAUGUAUUCUAUUAUUACCUAUUAUACGAAAUAUCUAUUGAUUUAUUAUAUUACACCUUUUGUCAUUAUUCUAUUAUAUUAUUAUUGAAGGCGAGCUUGCGAGAAGCGGUACGGUGGUUUUCAGUUCGCGGAGAGAUAUUUUGAGAUUAAACACACCAAGACACACACAGCAAAGCAGCAGGAGUAGGCAGAGCGCCUCGUUUCUUCCAUUUCAGUUUUAUAUCAAUCGAAUCGAAAAAGUAAAAGCUUCCAAGAGGAGUGCGUUGUUGCGAGGCGCUAAUAGGUUAGGGAAGAUAAGGAUUAAGCGUGGUUCCGCCCAUGUACGAUCGCGGCCGAGGGAAGCUGUAUGUAAAGGAGCAAUUGAAACUGGCAAAAAAGAUUUCAAAAUCCUGAUUCAUCAUCGUCAGAAGAAGACACGACACGACACACGGCGACGAAAGUGAACAAUAAAAGUCGGAAACAUCACGCCAAGUAUUAUACUGCAGUUGUGUGAA